CCGUUUUGAUUUCGACGCCUCCUCAUCUUAAAAUGCCUAAACACUCCCGCAAACGCCAGCGGACGGACAAAGGCUCUGAAAACUACUCUCAGCCUUUAGGUGCUCAAACUUUGCUCACUGACGAUGCAACCAAAGACGAUGAAGAGCGCAGGCUGGAGAGCAUGCUGUUUGGGAUACCGUUCGUCCCAUCCGGCAAGGGUAAAGGUCCGAAGGAUCUCAUUGUUGUAGACGAUGAUGAGGAGCAUGAUAUUGGAGAGGACGCAGGCAGGGAGCUCGAGGGUCUUUUGGAUAACGAUCUAUUCUUCGUAGAUACUGGUGACGCUCCUAAGCCAAACUAUACAUCAGAGCUGGACGCCGAGCUCGAUAUUCCAGAAGAUAGUGUUGAACCUGGGACAGACGAAGAUGAUGAAGAGGACGAUGCGGAAGAGGAUGCCUCAAAAUCCUCCGACUCAGAAUCUGACGCCGACGAACCAGCACAACCUCCCACAAAACCUACAUCUGACCCACUCGCAACCCUCCGAAAAAGCCGCAAGGCCCCAGCAUGGACAGAUCCCGACGACAGUACUCUCAAAAUCUCUCUCACCUCAUCCCACCGCACACUCAAACUCCGCGACGCACCCUCCGAGGAUAGCGUCGGCGGACGCGAAUACGAACGUCGUUUGCGCCGACAAUACGAGAAGAUCAAUCCUACCCCGGACUGGGCUGUUGACGCGAGGAAGAAGGGCGCAAAGGGGAAGAGGAGAAGGCUUGAUGGCGAGGAUGAGGACGAGGAUAUGGAUGUGGAGGAAGAGGCGGAUGAAUUGUAUGCUUCGUCGGGUGGCAUACUUGGCGAGAAGAAGAGCGGAAAGCUAGAGGCGGGCGUGUUGAAUAUUGAGAGGUUGAGGGAUGCGAACCAGGCAGCGCAGGCAGAAGGAGAGAUCAAGGCCAUUCAGUUUCACCCCUCACCUCAAGUGCCCGUUCUUUUGACCGCCAGCGCAGAUAGACGAAUACGACUCUUCAACAUUGACGGCCACACAAAUCCACACCUACAAACACUACACAUCCCCUCCCUCCCCGUCACCACCGCCCAAUUCCACCCCACAGGCUCCUCUAUCCUCCUCACCGGCCCCCGUCCCUUCUACUACACACACGACCUCCAAUCCGGUGCGACCCUCAAAUCCCCCCGCGGUCUCUGGGGCACCACCUUCAACUCCACCAACACCGCCUCCCAAGACCUCAGCAUGGAGGUCUGUUCAUUCAACCCCACAGGCGACGUCCUCGCCGUCGCCGGAAGACGUGGCUACGUGCACUUAGUGGACUGGAAGGCCGGGUCGGGACAAGUCGUUGGAAGUGUGAAGGCGAAUGCGGGGGUGAAGGCGAUGUGGUGGUCGAGAGGAGCUGGGGGAGGCCGGGAGCUGAUGACGCUGGGAGAGGAUGCGGAGAUUUAUGUGUGGGAUGUGGGUGAGAGGAGGUGUCUGAGGAGGUGGAAGGAUGAGGGUGGGUUUGGGAGUAAAGUGAUGUCUGGCGAUCGGGCGGGGAAUUAUGUCGCCGUCGGGUCGAAAUCAGGUAUUGUGAACGUGUACGGCUCAGAUGCCACAAACUCGUCGUCGUCCCUUCGUCCAAAACCUCUCAAAGCGAUAGGCAAUCUCACCACAUCGAUUACUUCCGCUCGAUUCAACCACGACUCCCAACUACUCGCCAUCGCCAGCAACACCAAAAAAGACCAAAUGCGUCUCAUACAUCUUCCGAGCAUGACGGCCUUCUCAAACUGGCCAACGUCAAGCACACCUCUCGGUCACGUCACAAGCAUCGAUUUCUCCGCCGGAAGCGAGUACGUCGCCGUUGGGAACAAUCGCGGGCGUGUGCUGCUCUAUCAUCUCAAGGACUUUGCGCCAUCAUGACCAUGGGAUGAGAUCUGCACUAAAUCUACUUACAAC